GGAACUUCAUGGACAAUGAGAGAGGAUAAAUGGGAGAUUAUGUGGAUAUGUCAUGUGCCACACCCACAAACACAAAGGCAGGCUUAUCUCACCACCAACGUGUACAUAAACUGCCAAUUUAAAACGAAGCACACACAGACACAGCACAGGCCAAGAAAAACUCCCUCCAUGACUAACAUCAACUUUUCUUAUUCCUUAAAGACCAGCCAUGGCACGGACUCCCUACUCCUAUUUCCCACUUCAAGGUUCCUAUCAAAACCUUUUCUUCCCUCUUCAAGAGGUUAUAGGUAUUCUUCAGGUUUGAUUGUAAGGACUCAGACCUUAAUUUAUGCAAGUAGUUUAUCCCAUGGACGCCCUAGUAUUAAGGGACCAAGAGAAGUACAGUUUGCCACAAAAGCACUACCUGUGGCUAAGGAACUUGUAGAGGAUAAGUUAAGGGAUCCUCAGACAAGUGGUGACGCUAUACGUCAGCGCUUCCUCGAAUUUUAUGCUGCAAGAGGUCACAAGGUUCUUCCAAGUGCUUCCCUUGUCCCAGAUGAUCCGACAGUUCUAUUGACAAUUGCAGGAAUGCUUCAGUUUAAGCCUAUAUUCCUUGGAAAGGUACCCAGGGAAGCGCCUAGUGCAGCUACUUCUCAGAAAUGCAUCCGGACAAAUGAUAUUGAGAAUGUGGGUCGAACAUCCCGACAUCAAACAUUCUUUGAGAUGCUUGGAAAUUUUAGUUUUGGAGAUUACUUUAAGAAGGAAGCUAUUAAGUGGGCAUGGGAGCUCUCCACCUCAGAAUAUGGACUCCCAGGUGAUAGAUUAUGGAUUAGUGUUUACCAAGAUGAUGAUGAAACUUUUGCACUAUGGCAUGAUGAGCUAGGUGUUCCUAAAGAGCGAAUAAUAAGACUUGGAGAAGAUGACAACUUCUGGACAAGUGGAGUUACUGGUCCGUGCGGUCCAUGCACUGAACUUUAUUAUGAUUUCCAUCCCGAGAGGGGCACUUCCGAUGUUGAUCUGGGAGAUGAUACAAGAUUUAUAGAGUUCUACAACCUUGUUUUUAUGCAAUACAAUAAGAAGGAUGAUGGUUCACUUGAGCCUUUAAAGCAAAAGAAUAUAGAUACUGGACUUGGUUUAGAGCGUAUGGCCAGGAUUCUGCAGAAGGUCCCCAACAAUUACGAAACCGACUUAAUAUUUCCCAUCAUAGAGAAGGCUGCAGAAUUGGCAAAUGUCUCAUAUUCUCUUGCGGAUGAUUCUACAAAAACAAAGCUUAAAAUAAUUGGAGAUCAUAUGCGUGCUGUUGUUUAUCUGAUAUCUGAUGGUGUCAACCCAUCAAAUAUUGGGAGGGGGUAUGUGGUACGUCGACUCAUUAGAAGGGUUGUUCGAACAGGCAGGUUACUUGGUGUAAAGGGAGAUGGGAUGGGUGAUCUUCAAGGAGCAUUUUUGCCAAUACUUGCCAAAAAAGUGAUUGAACUAAGCACCAAUAUAGAUGCUGAUGUGAAGACAAGAUCAUCCCGCAUACUUGAGGAAUUGAAAAGGGAGGAGCUUCGUUUUGUCUUGACUCUAGAAAGGGGAGAAAAACUUCUUGACCAGAUGCUGGCGGAUGCAUUAUUAAACACUCAGGGAACUGGUACCGCAACCUGUCUGUCGGGCAAGGAUGCGUUCAUAUUGUAUGACACCUAUGGAUUUCCUGUGGAGAUAACAAAGGAAGUUGCUGAAGAACGUGGAAUCAGUAUAGACAUGAAUAGCUUUGACAUAGAAAUGGAGAAGCAAAGACAGCUAUCUCAGGCUGCACAUGAUACAGUUAAACUAUCAGUUGAAAAUGGUGCAAACCUUGCUGAAGAUAUCCCUGAUACCGAGUUUCUUGGCUACAAUACUCUCCAUUCCAAGUCAGUGGUUGAGGGUUUAUUGGUAAAUGGUAGUCCCGUAGCACAAGUCUCCAAAGGAAGUGAAGUGGAAAUUUUUCUGAACAGGACUCCAUUUUAUGCUGAGUCGGGAGGCCAAAUUGCGGAUAACGGUUUUCUAUGCAUCACGGAGGCUGAAAAUGAACAGAAAGCUAUUGUAGAGAUAAAAGAUGUCCAAAAAUCCAUGGGUAAUAUCUUCAUCCACAAGGGGACAAUUACAGAAGGUACUAUAGAGGUUGGCCAAGAAGUAGAAGCUGCUGUUGAUGCAAACUUGAGGCAACGGGCUAAAGUUCACCAUACAGCUACUCAUUUACUUCAAUCAGCACUGAAAAGAGUAAUCGGUCAGGAAACAUCUCAAGCAGGAUCAUUGGUUGCUUUUGAUCGUCUUAGAUUCGACUUCAACUUCCAUCGGCCUCUUCAAGACAAGGAACUUGUAGAAAUCGAAGGUUUGAUCAACCAAUGGAUUGGCGAUGCUGCAAUUCUGGAAACGAAAGUCAUGUCUUUGACUGAUGCAAAAGGGGCUGGGGCCAUUGCAAUGUUUGGGGAAAAAUAUGGAGAACAGGUACGUGUAGUCGAGGUUCCUGGAGUAUCGAUGGAAUUAUGUGGUGGCACCCAUGUCGGCAAUACAGCUGAGAUACGUGGCUUCAAAAUCAUAUCGGAACAGGGAAUUGCAUCAGGAGUUAGGCGAAUUGAAGCUGUAGCUGGAGAUGCUUUCAUUGAGUAUGUCCUUACCAGAGAUAACUACAUGAAGCAGCUAUGCUCCACUCUCAAAGUAAAAGCGGAAGAAGUUACUAGCAGGGUAGAUGGACUUUUGGAAGAACUACGAUUGACAAGAAAUGAAGUUUCAGCUGCUCGGGCAAAAGCAGCAAUCUAUAAGGCAUCAACACUUUCUAGCAGAGCAUCUACCGUUGGAACUUCAAAAAGUAUUAGGCUCAUAGUUGAGUCCAUGGGUGAUAUUGAUGCCGAUUCACUCAAGAGUGCUGCAGAAUAUCUGGUGGAUUUGUUGAAAGAUCCAGCAGCUGUGGUUCUAGGAUCAUGCCCGGGAGAAGGAAAGGUUAGUCUUGUUGUUGCUUUAACCCCUGGAGUUGUUGAUCUUGGAAUUAAAGCUGGUGAAGUUAUAAAGCCUCUAGCUAAAUCAUGUGGUGGUGGAGGUGGUGGUCGGCCUAAUUUCGCUCAGGCAGGUGGUAGAAAACCAGAGAACUUGCCAGGCGCUCUUGAAGAAGCUCGAGAACAGCUUAAAAAGCUGCUUGAUAAAUGAUGCUUAAUGUUAGCAGUAUGAACUGAAGUCGUUAUGUAUCGAUCUUUGGAGUGAGUAGCUCUCGCCACACACAAAAAGAACAUGAAUGCAAGUGCAUCUGCUUCAAUCACAACAUUUCACAUGUAACUAGUUCAGACUCUCAUCUCUCUUUCCUAUCUUCCAUUUGUUCCUUAGUUUUUCUUUUUCUCAUUUCUGUGGUUAGAGUUGUUGCUGCUCUAGGUAGGAGAGGAGGGAAUGUUGUAAAUGGGAUUCUAUACAAAGCAUCAUUCAAUACACUUGCAGAAAUAGGGUCUGAUCAAGUGAAAUUUCAUGUUAUCUUGUUACAUGUGAUUUUACAAAGGUUGCUUAAACUGUCAUUGAAAUAAACUAAUAAUGAUCAAUUUGGAUCCCACAUGGAAAUUGUCCGCGUUUAUCUAUAAAUGAAAGUUCAUCUGUUACU